UGUCGGUGAAGGGGGGCAGAUAUGGCACAGCUGUUUUCACUGGAGGAAAAAAAGUGUCAAGUACGCAUUGCACAAAAAAGACCAAACCGGAUGUGAGUAAUUUUGAGAGGAAAAACGAAUUGCAGCGGAUGCACUGACUACUACAACGUUUUUACGAUUUAUUAGUUUUAUUUUGAAGCAAUUUUUCGGAAGUUUAUUAUUUCAUUUACGCAAAAUAACGCUGCUUAAAUCCAGGAGCGCUACAGCCGCGGUCACAUACCAAAAGGAGCGCAUACCUUUUCGUGUGAUUUCUUCUUUAUGAUAAAACCGAAAAUUGGAUUGUUGUGUUACUAUUUUCAUUUUUCCAGUCAUACAUAAAGGAGGAGGAAGCAGUAAAGACCCGGCACAUUAGGGAAUGACCCAGCUGGAGAGCUUUUACGCACCGCGCACCCUGGAGCGUCGAUACGGAUCUAAGUGGAGAAAAAUCUAAAAAGUCCUCAGAGUAGCAGUGCACUGUGGGCUGUGUAUGAUGAGGUACGGGCUGGUGGUUGUCUCUGCUGGGUUUACUGGUUUGCUCAGUUUUAGCCUCCUCGCUGUGGCAAUUGGAACUGACUACUGGUAUAUAAUCGAUGUGAAUAAACCUAACGACACAGGUUCAGAUGAUCUGAGUUCACAUUCUGGACUCUGGAGAAUAAAUGAAGGAGCAAACGGGAGGUCAGUCAUCCCUUCUUUCACAGCAAAUAUGUCAAGCCUGUCAGAAGUAGAAAGGCACCUUCUUGGUUUGCACAAAGUGGUUGUCAUCAUUUUGCCUCUCAGUUUGGUCAUGUUGGUAUUUGGCUGGAUCUUCGGGCUUGUCAGUUCGUUGGCGUGCAGUCCCAACUUACUGGCCAGAUCAGCAUUCUACAUCCUCUUCUGCAGUCUUUUUACCCUCACUGGACUCAGCAUUUACAUAAGAUAUUCGAACCAGGCUAUGGAAGAGUUCCAGCGGGUCGUGUCCCCGGAGAACCUCGCCUAUGUGGAUGCAUCAUUUGGCUGGUCCUUAGCCGCUGCCUGGCUCUCCUUCAGCCUGGAGGUGGCCACUGGCCUGCUGGUCAUGCUUGCUGCGAGAAUAAGCCAAAUGAAGGGACACUACGACUCUGGUGUGACUAUCGCCAUGUUGUGAGCUGCUCCUGCUUCACAUCCAAAACAAACUAAAAGCUGUUUACAAAAAAAAGAAUGAAAAAAGAAAAGUAUUGUAUUCUCAUACAAUAGUGUACAAUUGUACUUGGUAAAAAAAAAAAAAAAAAAAAAGAAAUGUAGAAGCACACUCAGCCGAGUUGUAUGUGCACCCAUAGAUACAGUGAUGGCAAAGAUGUUGUUGUGACGGCCGCUACCUUUCAUCCUCACUGUGUCAUUUUCUGCCCAUUGUCCCAGUCUUUGGUGUUGUUAGAAAUGUGUUUCAGCAAACAAAAAGGAAAGAGGCUAACCAUCCACGGUGUAAUUACUGCAGACAGCAUUUAAUUGAAUUUAUGCAUUUUUCCAUUACUUUAGUUCAGUACAUACAAAUUUGUUGGUAGAAAGACCAUGUACUUGAAGCAUUGCAUUUGAUUCAACAUUUCUCUGUAGUUUUUUUUUUUUAAUUUUUUUAUGUUUUUUGAGACAUAUUUAUCUUCUAAAGCAAACAACUUUAUCUGAAACUCAAAGCCCUACAACAUGAACAACAGCACAAACCAGCAGAUAGGGAUGCAGUUGUAAUUGAGGGUUGCCAUAGAAGCUUCCUGAACUAAAAGUGGACUUCUGCACUUCCCCUCCAUUUAUUUGCUAUUCUGUAUUUAAAUAUGAUUCACACCAGUGGUUUGGAGUAUUUCAUUCAAGUGAAAACAUUGCUGAUACUGCAGCAGUUCACUGGAAACACACCAUGCAGCAAACUUAAAUAAAUGGUGGUUCUAAUAUUUUUCCAGUACCACAUCUGCUGCCUUUUUACUUUUCAUGCCAACUAUAAAGAAUCAUCCUGUAGUUGAUGCAUAUGUUAAUUACAGCUGCAACUCAGCUAAAUAGACAUGUAAUAUGUCACUUUGUGCAACCUGAAGUGUACGUCUCACUUGUACUGCAUUAAUUAUGGAAAGAUAAGCCGACUCCUGCAAUCUAGAGCUACAGAAAUAGUGUCGAUAAUGUGCAUGUGUUGCUGCUUGUUUUGCAGUAGUAAACCACUCUCUAGGAAUGACACUCCCACGUCAUUGCAUGGUGAACGUUUAACAUUUCACAGCUGUUAAAUUGUUGAGCUCCUCACAGCUGUACAAAUCUUGCCCAUGCUGUUAAAACUGAAAAUCUUUAACAUUUAAUGUAAAUCAAUCAAAAAAAAAAAACAAAAAAAAAAACAUUAAGUCAGCCAUUAAAUCAAAUGUCCUGUUUUAAAAAAGCUGUGUGUACAAGAAAUAUAAUACCUUCUUCAGUACUUCUUGACCAAAUGUCCUGAAGAUAUUUAUGCUGAAGGAUAAUGGCAUUAUCUAAAGUAUUAUAUGUUCAGUGUUUGCUACUGUGUUCUUCAACAAUAACCUGUUUUUUUGUUAGAGGAUAGUGUCAAUGUGCCUCAGGUCUUUUGAACUGUUUGUUUCUGAAUGUAAAUGAAGCACACUGGGAGUUAGGAUGAUAGAAAAGCAAUUCUGUAAAGAAUUGUCACAGACUGCUUCAGGAGAAGUCAGAUAAGUCUGAAGAAACAAGUUGUAACAAUGCUGUGCAAACAAAUCCCACACAGAGAAUAUCUUUAUUUAACAUGGAAGUUGUGAAAACAGCAAAGUGGAUUCUUUUAUGUUAAACAUUCGAACACGACAAUGUAAAAAUGUAACAACUGUUUUUUUGACUAAUGCUUGAUGUGAUAAAAAACAAAAGAUAAAGUGUGUUAAAGAAACAACAAAUGAUGUUUUGAAUUUCAAUAAACUCAGUAACUUUAA